AUGUCUCUCAACACACCCGCUGCGGGCCAAUCUGCCCCUGUCAACAAUCCUGAAGCGCUUUCUUCCGUCCGUGAGGAUUUAUUGUACAACCAUUCCACCGGCAAUGUGGACGUGCCACAGGGCUUCAAGUAUCGUCAAUACCGAAUAUUCGGAUAUACGCUCCCUUGGUAUGCGUCACCAAAGAUCCAGUUGGGUAUGGUCGCUUUUGUAUGCUUCAUGUGUCCCGGUAUGUUCAAUGCACUGAAUGGUAUGGGUGGUGGAGGAAAGGUGGACACCACAUUGGUGACAAACAUGAAUACUGCUUUGUACAGCACUUUUGCCGUCGUCGGAUUUUUCGGGGGCACCUUUGUGAACCGACUCGGUGUCAAGAUUACACUCGCCUUGGGUGGCAUCGGCUACGGUAUCUAUACCAUCAGUAUUCUGUUGUCGAAUCACUUUGGAAAAGAUGUCGAGGGUUUCAAUCUCUUUUCGGGUGUUCUCCUUGGCUUCUGUGCAGCGAUGUUAUGGACUGCCCAAGGCACAAUCAUGAUAUCGUAUCCACAUGAAAACCAAAAGGGACACUACUUUGCCUGGUUCUGGGGAACCUUCAAUCUAGGCGGUGUUCUUGGAAGUCUUAUCCCACUCGGCAGCAAUUACCACAGCAAGGACAACGUAGAUGUUAAUGACGGUACUUAUAUUGGUUUCAUCGUCCUCAUGUUCUUUGGAGCAGGCCUAGCUCUUCUCCUCUGCAACGCAAACGAUGUCAUCCGGAAAGACGGUUCUUAUGUCAUCCUGAUGAAGAACCCGACAUGGCAGAGUGAACUUCUCGGCUUGUACGAGACGAUCCGAUUUGAGCCAUUCGUUAUCUUCCUAUUUCCCAUGUUCUUUUCGUCUAAUUGGUUCUACGUUUACCAGCAAAAUGCUGUCAACGGUGCUUAUUUCUCGACAAGGGCCAAAGCUCUAAACAAUCUACUGUACUGGCUGGCACAAAUUGCUGCGGCUGCCAUAUGGGGAUACUUACUCGAUCUGGAAUAUCUGCGCCGUUCUGUCAGGGCCAAGAUCGCUCUUGUGGUUCUUUUUGUCCUGACAUUCAUUGUGUGGGGUGGAGGUUAUGCGCAUCAGAGAACAUAUACUCGAACUCCUGACGACAAAACGGACAAUGGAGAAAAGGAUUGGAAUGAUACAGGUUACGCCGGACCUCUUUUUCUAUACAUCUUCUAUGGCUUCUAUGACGCUGCUUGGCAAGCUACUGUUUACUGGUUCAUGGGUGCUCUCUCGAACUCCGGUCGUCGCUGCGCAAACUACAUUGGUUUCUACAAAGGCAUUCAAUCAGCCGGCGCCGCAAUUUCCAACAACCUCGAUGCCAGGAAAGUGUCAUUCGAAGCACAAUUCAUCAGUAACUGGGUUCUUCUGGCCACAUCUCUUGUCAUAGCUGCACCUGUAAUCUUUCUUAAGAUUCGAGACCAUGUCGCAGUGGAAGAAGACCUGGAGGGAACAGACGAAACCCUGGCUGAUAUCAAUCCCACGUACAUUCUUACCCAUCCAGGUCGCAAUGGGGAGAUUUAUGAAAUGGACUUUGAUGAGUUUAAUAGUUCUACCAAGUUACUUCGUCGAUGGUGA